CGUAUGAAAAGCUCGGAAAGCAGUAAUGUUACUACUCCACUUGUUUUGUUAUCAUUUUAAACAAGUUUCGUAAUUUGGGUAGUGAUUUUUAUUAAACUCUCUGCAGUUUAAAAAUGUCAUCCACUGUAGGAAAGACUAUUCAAUGCAAAGCUGCUGUAGCUUGGGAACCAAAGAAACCUUUAUCAAUUGAGACAGUUGAAGUUGCUCCUCCAAAAGCUGGUGAAGUUAGAAUCAAAGUUCUAGCAACUGGCAUUUGUCAUACAGAUGCUUAUACUCUUGAUGGAUUAGAUCCUGAAGGUUUAUUUCCUUGUAUUCUUGGCCAUGAGGGUGGUGGAAUUGUUGAAAGUGUUGGUGAAGGUGUUUCUUCUGUCAAAGCUGGUGAUCAUGUAAUUCCUUUAUACAUUCCACAAUGUGGAGAAUGUAAGUUCUGUAAAAGCCCAAAGACUAAUUUAUGUUCUAAAAUCAGGAACACUCAGGGAAAAGGUGUAAUGCCUGAUGGAACUAGCCGCUUUACUUGUAAAGGCCAAAAUGUAUAUCAUUUUAUGGGUACCAGUACUUUUUCUGAAUACACAGUUGUUGCAGAAAUAUCUGUUACGAAGGUUAACGAAUCUGCACCUUUGGAUAAAGUAUGCUUGUUAGGAUGUGGCAUUCCAACUGGCUAUGGUGCUGCUCUCAAUACUGCUAAUGUUGAGCCAAAUUCAACUGUUGCAAUUUGGGGUUUAGGAGCUGUUGGACUUGCUGUUGCUAUGGGUUGUAGAGAACGGGGAGCAUCAAGAAUAAUUGGUGUUGAUAUUAAUCCUGAGAAGUUUGAAAUUGCUAAAAAGUUUGGCUGUACUGAAUUUGUUAACCCUAAAGAUCAUGACAAACCAAUUCAAGAUGUUUUAAUUGAAUUGACUGAUGGUGGAUUAGAUUAUACAUUUGAGUGCAUCGGAAAUGUUGCUACUAUGAGGGCUGCUUUGGAAUCAUGUCACAAAGGUUGGGGACAAAGUAUCAUAAUUGGUGUUGCUGGAGCUGGUCAAGAAAUAUCAACACGGCCCUUCCAACUUGUUACUGGUCGUGUAUGGAAAGGCUCUGCAUUUGGUGGAUGGAAGAGCAGGGAAAGUGUUCCUAAAUUGGUGGAGCAAUAUAUGAAUAAAAAAUUAAUGUUGGAUGAAUUUGCUACUCACAAAUUUAGUUUGAAUGAAAUCAAUGAAGCAUUUCACUUAAUGCAUGCUGGAAAAUCGUUGCGCAGUGUGGUUUCCUUCUAAGUCCUGUCCAUUACUUAUACCUAUUUGCCAAAAGAAGACAUGGCUUACCUUUUCACCACUUCGCAAAUGAUGUGCAACUAUAUUUUGUAAUCAAAUGCUGAACUAUUUUG